UGCAAUUCAGCUUGAAUAAUUCAAUACUUUCUUUUAGUAAUAUAUAAAUAUAUGUCCACUAACUAUCCAACUCCUAAACUCUACCAAACUCACACUAGUAACAACACCAAGAAUUAAUCCUACAUCUUUUUUCCUAAUUCCUUUCUAACUUAUGGACAAAGAAACCAUCAUUUUCCUAUUCUUUCUAGUAACAUUUUUCAGUUUUCAACCUCCAGCAACUUCUCAGAUGCUGGCUUCUCGUAGCGGAAUCCUAGGUGAAUGGCAGUUGUUGCACGGAAGUAUAGGUGUAUCCGCCAUGCACAUGCAACUCCUGCGAAAUAACAAGGUAGUUAUCUUUGAUCGAACGGAUUUUGGCCGUUCUAACAUAUCACUUCCAAGGGGCCGUUGUCGCUAUGAUCGCCAUGACUUAGUCCUACACAAAGAUUGCUCUGCUCACUCUGCUUUAUACGACAUCAGGAGCAACACGUUCCGUCCAUUAAUGGUCCAAACGGACACGUGGUGCUCUUCUGGUGCUGUCCUCCCGGAUGGAAUGUUAGUCCAAACCGGAGGAUACAAUGAUGGUGAUCACGUUAUACGUACUUUAGCGCCUUGCACGGGCGAGAAUUGUGAUUGGGUGGAGCUUCCCAGGAUGUUGACUCAACGAAGAUGGUAUUCAACUGACCACAUCCUUCCUGAUGGACGAGUAAUCGUGAUCGGGGGAAGAAGACAACAUAACUACGAGUUCUACCCGAAAACUUCCAAUGAUCCCUCUUUCUGGCUACAAUUUCUUAGUGAUACCCGAGACGGGAACCACGAGAACAACUUGUAUCCGUUUGUGUUCUUACUACCGGAUGGAAACCUUUUCAUUUUCGCGAAUACACGAGCUAUAGUUCUUGAUUACAAGAAAAAUAAGGUUGUCAGGGAAUUGCCUUCAAUUCCUGGUGAUGAACCUAGGAACUAUCCGAGCACUGGCUCAGCUGUUUUACUUCCUCUUGACGAAAACGCCCCUAUGCGAACCGAAAUCAUGGUGUGUGGAGGGGCGCCUCGUCGUUCAUUUGGACUCAGAACCUAUGGCAUUUACCUAAACGCCCUUUCAAGUUGUGGACGAAUCAGUGUCAGCGAUAAUCCUGGUAUCUGGAAAAUGGAGACAAUGCCAAUGCCACGAGUCAUGAGUGAUAUGGUAAUACUACCCAAUGGGGAUAUUCUCAUCAUAAAUGGUGCAGCAGUGGGGACAGCAGGCUGGGAUAACGCGCGAUACCCUGUCACUAAGCCGGUGAUUUACCGGCCUUAUAGGGAGGAAAACAACAGGUUUUCGGUCAUGGAAGCAUCACCGAGACCCCGCCUUUACCAUUCCACAGCCAUUUUGAUGACCGAUGGACGAGUUCUAGUCGGAGGAAGCAAUCCACAUAAAUUCUACAAUUUUACUAAUGUGGAAUUCCCAACUGACCUAAGCCUGGAAGCCUUCUCGCCACCAUUCUUGGCCCUCGAAUACGAGCCUCUAAAACCAAAAAUCCUCUCCAUCGAUAACAUCUUGAUAUACAAAAAGCAAUUUUCAGUGACUUUCACUGUGCCUAGAUUCUUGAGAAUGGGGAUUGUUUCGCUCAGGCUCAUCGCUCCUUCAUUCACCACACAUUCUUUUUCGAUGAACCAACGAAUGGUGGUGUUGAAGAGGGUCGCGGUUUUAACUCUCUCUGCUAAUACUUAUAGGCUUACAGCAUUUGGUCCAUCAACUAAAGAAAUUGCACCACCAGGAUACUACUUGCUCUUUGUAGUACAUUUUGGCAUACCAAGCUCUGGUGUAUGGGUGAAAAUUCAGGAUCUCUCUGUGUAGUAUUUAAUUUGGUGAUUGCAUAGAAAAACAAGUUAGCUCUUUUUUCAGUCAAUAUAACAAAAUCUGGAUUGUAGCAAGUUGUGUCAUGAACAGUGGCGGAACCAGAAAUUUAUUCAACGCAUUCAAAAACGUUACACUUUGAAUUUGAACAUAUGACUUACCGCAAUUUUUGAAUCCCCUUUGUCACUUUACUAGAAUUUUGUAUUAAG